AUGUUCGGUGGUAACUUCUACGAAGAAGACGAUGGCGGUAUCUCCUAUGGCGGGGGCCGUGGUAGCUCCCGCCCGACCCGCCGCUACGAUGAGUACCUCCGCUGCUAUCCUGUAAUUAUGAUGGCGGGGAACGAGCGAGAGAACGUAAACUAUGGUGGAAAGGUCAUCAUGCCGCCGUCAGCGUUGGACAAACUUACAAGGCUGCACAUUGCGUAUCCUAUGUUGUUUGAGCUUAAAAAUGGGGCAAAGGGUACUGGGACUCAUGCGGGUGUGUUGGAGUUUAUUGCGGAGGAGGGGCGGGUCUAUCUGCCGCACUGGAUGAUGAACACAUUACUUUUGGAACCUGGUGAUCUUCUACAGAUCAAGUCGACAGAUCUCCCUUCUGGAACUUUUAUCAAACUUCAGCCUCAAUCCGUCUCCUUCCUUGAGUCCAUCACCGACCCCAAGGCUGUUCUUGAGAAUGCCCUGCGAAACUUCUCGGCACUCACCAAGGGAGAUACGUUCUCUUUUCUCUACAACGAACAAGUUUUCGAAAUCAACGUUCUCGAAGUCAAGCCCGAGACCCCUCAGGGCGCUAUUUCGUGUGUGGAGACAGAUCUUGAAGUCGAUUUUGCCCCUCCACUCGACUAUGUUGAGCCCGCACGUAUGCCACGAUCCACCGGAAGCUCCAGGCCUGGUUCCAUAGUUGGGGGAGGAAGAGUCACCCCGUUGGGAGUACAGGAAGGAAGUAUGGCAAGAUCAAUCAACUACGCUGCCAUCGCCCCUGGCUCAACCCAGCCUGCCGCAACGAAGUCAUCAUACUUCUCUGGAGGUGGGCAGAAGCUGAAGGGAUCAAAAACAUCAACGCCUAGGGACAAGCCUUCUACACCUGUUGCAGGUACCUCAACAAACAAGCCACCUCCAACUGUACCGACAGGAACCGUUAGGAAGGGGUCUGGACCACAGCCAUUGAGGGUGCCGCGGGGCACGUUGUUCUUCGGGUAUGAGAUCAAACCAGUCAAGAAGAAGGACGAGGAGAAAGAAAAGAGCGGGAAUGAAACUCUAUUUAGCGGUGCGGGACAAACCUUAAGAGCCGCCGCCAAUGCCAAGAAAGGCAAGGGAAAGGGAAAGGGUGGACCUGAUAUCAUUGAAAUUGAUUGA